UCUGGGUAAUUUUCAAUAUGGCGUCUAGUCAAGGUAGACCAUAACAUGCGACCAUUACAUACGAACAAGCCAUUAUCGGAUAAAAAUUAAACCGGGUGAAUAAAAAACUUAUGUCAGGCUUCGAGAAGGAAUGCCUCGACACUCACGGGAGGACCUGGCUUACUUCGAGCCGGCAAGCCGUAAGUGCAAGGGACCGGAAGACACGGCAUGUGUUCUCUGCGGAGAGAUGGUCAAGGACUGGUACGAUGAUAUUGCAGACUACGACUUCAACAAAGGAGUCGGCAAGGACAGGUGGGCAGUGGUAGUUUACCCAGGUAGUGUGGCGCAAAACCACGGAGUUGGGGAUGGCUACCGCGGUCAACCUAGUAACCAAGUAUUCUACACCGUGGCGAUAUAUAAACUUUCAGGAAACCAAGGGACCAAGGGAGACUGACAGCUUAGCACAGGUUUUCAAAACAAGUAAACCUAUUAAAGUGUUUAUAAUUUU